AUGAACCAGGCCGUCUUCCUAUCGUUUUAUCUUGGAUUUUUGGCUUGGUUGUGUGUCUUCUGUGUAAAGGCUGAAGACCCGUAUAGAUUUUUUACAUUUGAAGUUACAUACGGACAGAUUGCUCCUCUUGGUGUUCCCCAAAGGGGCAUUCUUAUCAACGGGCAGUUUCCAGCCCCGACCAUUGACUGUGUCACUAACGACAAUGUAAUUGUUAAUGUCAUUAAUAAGCUGGAUGAGCCUUUUCUUAUCACAUGGAAUGGUGUCAAACAGAGAAAGAACUCAUGGCAAGAUGGAGUCCUGGGGACAAACUGUCCAAUUCCACCAAAUUCAAACUGGACAUACCAGAUGCAAAUGAAAGAUCAAAUCGGAUCCUACUCUUACUUCCCUUCAACUAAAAUGCAUAGAGCUGCUGGUGGGUUUGGAGCAAUUAAUAUCCGAGCCAGGGCCGUGAUCUUUGUUCCAUAUCUCAAACCAGUUGAGGAGUUCACUGUACUCAUCAGUGACUGGUGGAAAUCUGAUCACAAGGUGCUAGCACAAACACUCGACGCUGGGACACCUUUUCCUAUGGCGGAACGUCUCCUCAUCAAUGGCCGUGUUUCUUCAACCUCUUUUACUACUCUAGGAGGUGAACUGUACAUGUUUAGGGUGUCAAAUGUGGCCUUGACUUGUUCAAUUAACUUUAGAAUCCAAAGCCAUACACUUGUACUAGUUGAGACCGAAGGAUCACAUACCUUGGGAGAAUCAUAUGAAUCGUUUGACCUUCAUGUUGGUCAAUCCGCUUCUUUCUUGGUCAAAAUGCAUGCUCCUGUAAAAGACUAUUUCAUCGUUGCUUCAACUCGUUUCACCAAAUCCAUUCUUACUUCUACUGGAAUUCUUCAUUAUAGCGGCUCUCAAACAAAAGCUUCGUUGCCACUUCCAACUGCUCCCACUUAUCAUAUUCAUUGGUCAAUGAAGCAGGCAAGAACAAUCAGAUGGAAUUUGACAGCAAAUGCAGCUAGGCCUAACCCUCAAGGUUCAUAUCACUAUGGAACAAUCCCAGUAACGAGAACAGUUGUCCUGGCUAAUUCAGAAGUAAAUAUCAACGGCAAGCUUAGGUACGCUGUGAAUCAAGUGUCUUAUGUUAACCCAACAACUCCCCUGAAGAUUGCAGACUUUUACAACAUACCUGGAGUCUUCAACGAUAACUCAAUCAAAGAUACACCACCUUCAUUUGCUCCAAUUCAUGGUGUAUCUGUUCUUACUUACAAUCUUCACGACUAUGCUGAAAUUGUCUUCCAAAACAAUGAAAACACCAUUCAAUCAUGGCAUCUUGAUGGCUCAGAUUUUUGGACUGUUGGCUUCGGAUCGGGGGUUUGGAACUCCACACUUAGAAAAAGAUUCUACAAUCUGAAUGAUGCUACGACAAGACACACCGUUCAGGUGUACCCAAAAUCAUGGAGUGCAAUAUUAGUUUCUUUGGACAACAAAGGUAUCUGGAAUCUAAGGUCUGCAAUCUGGCCUAGGCGAUACUUAGGACAGGAGUUGUACCUUCGAGUUUGGAACAAUGAACCAAGUUUUCGCACUGAAUAUGCCAUCCCAGAAAAUGCAUUAAGAUGUGGCCUGGCACCAUUGAAGUAG